AUGAAAAUCGAUAAUAAUGGACGGAAUCAGCUGGCGCUCCGCUCGCAGGACAAGUGCCUGUGCGGCCAGUACAUCCACUGCCGGAUGAAGUUGUCCGACGUAUUCAACCGGAAGCUGGGUCUCCAGCAGAUCCGCAGCAUCUUCGGAACGUUGUCCUCGAUACACGUCGUCCGGGAGGUGUUUCUAGCGCUGCUCAGUCCACAGCAUCGCCUGUUAAUGAGUGUUUCUUCCGUUGGUUCACGCGUGAAAUUGUUCAGCAUUUAUCAAUAUGAUGACUUCGAUGAGUGCCGUCGGUUGCACAGUGAUUUUGUGUACUGCGUUACAAAAGUGCACUUUGAUCCGGAUCCCGAUUCGUUGCUCUGGAACUAUUUACAGAACUACUCCACUCAUCCCCGUCGUUAUGAUAGAAGGACGAUCGAGAUGGGCACUUGUGUCCAGGAAUGUGCCGCUUCGUCCGCGGCAUACAACGUAACGACUGUUCUAGAAGAUUGCGUAUCGAGCAAAGUGUGGGCACAGUAUGAGUUCAAUUCCAGCGUCGAAACAGUGAAAUGUAUCAGUUCGGCGCAAUCCACCCUCCAAGACGCGACAGGGAUAGGCAUUCUUGAAGUGGCUUUCCUCUGCUGUGCUGUCGGCAUUGUGGUACUAGUUGGUUUGUCCACAAUAAAAGACACAACUACGCCACAAUCCACCAGAUUCAUUCCAGUCCCUUCCCGCCUUGUGAAGUCGUUUUCACUCGCACGAACCCUGCCGAAGCUGGUGAACCGGAACGGCCGGUCGGAAUCGGUGCUCUACCAUUUGGAUGGUAUACGGACAAUCGCCACGAUGAGUAUUCUGUUGGCUCAUUCCUCGAUACCGUUAUUAAAAAUGCCACUGAAGAAUGUGGAGCAGCUCGAAUCACAGCUCGACCAUCCGUUACUUCCGGUUGUAAUGGCCGUUAACACGUACACGGUACAGUUGUUUUUCAUACUGGGAGGAUUUCUGUUGGCAGUCAGCAUACUCGAGCGUGGGGAUACCGAAACAUCGGCAUCAUUCUUCUUCGAACGAGUUAAAAAUCGGUUAAUAAGGAUACUACCAUCCUACAUUUUCGUAAUCUUCUUUCACGCAUCCUGGUACCGUCACCUCUUCGACGGCCCAAUCGGUCACCGGUUCACGGAUUUCUGUACUUCGCACUGGUGGACCAAUUUGCUGUUCGUUAACAACUACGUCCAUACUGAGGAACCGUGCAUCCAAUUCGCAUGGUACUUGGGAGCGGACUUUCAGCUUUACCUAGUCGGAACAGCGCUGAUGAUGUUAAUGUUACGAUUUCCCAAAGGAGCCAGAUCUAUUCAAAUCUGCAUGGUGUUGAGCGCGCUGUUGAUUCCCGCAAUUACGAUCUAUGUCUGCCGGCUGGACGCUACUGUUAUGUUUAUCUUGAAAUACGUUUUGAAAGAAAUCAGAACGUUGCCUUAUUACACCAAGGUGUACCUUCCAUUGGAAACGAACGCUGGAAACUAUUUCUUCGGUGUGCUUGGUGGCAUUUGCUAUCAUAAGUACAAAGACAAACCGUCUGGAUUUACUCGGCUGAAGAUGAACUACGUACUUCCGAUUGUGGGCACACUCUUUCUAGCGGGUAAUUGCUUGACGAUGCUGCUUCCCGAAGACCAUUUGGACUAUCCUUCCGUUUUGCUUGCCGUGUUCGGUACGUUCCUGAAAAGCAUCUGGGGACUGUUUCUAACCAUAGUGCUGCUCUACUUGGCCCUGAAACGGCCACCAUCCAUGUUGGCAGUAGCACUUCGACAUCCGAUGAUGCUCGUGGGAUCGAAACUAAGCUACUGCAUCUACCUUGUCCAGUAUGGGCUAAUUUACACCAUCUACAGAUACGUCACACAACCGCUGAUGUACAAUGGGUUUACUUUGCUCUUGUUCACGUCCACGAUCGUUGGCCUAACGUGGACGAUCGCAUUCUUGCUACAUGUGUGCCUGGAGCUGCCUUGUGAUACGCUUCUGAAACCCGAAAAUCCCGGAAGCAAGCGAAAAUGAUCACUCAAUUUCACAAACUGGUGCUCCUGAAGUUUUCUUUAAGAAGAUUAUACUUUGUAGCUUUACCAUCGUAGUUGGAGUGAAUAAACAUAUGAACUGUGUAGCAAUGCUUAGCGAACUAGGUAAUAGAACGAAAAGAAAUUUAAAUUUCGCUGAAACUUGAAAAAUGUUAGAAAUUUACAAUGGAUGACCGCCUCAAUUUUUGAGCAAAUAGUUUACCAAGCUGUUCAUGCCCCCGCAUCCCAUUAUUGUUUUCGGACGUUACAGAGACUAAACG